CGAAAAUUAUAGUAACCAGUACAUUCAAACAAGAAAAUCCAGCUGUCACACCCAAAAGAAAAGUAAAUGCUUAAUCUUCCAGAUGAUAAGACUAGUCCAGAUGAUAUCAACCACAACCCAACAUUUUAACUUCCUAGAAAUAUCUCUCCUUGACUACUUCCAAUGUUCCCAGAAGCGUCCUGUGAAAGAAAACACACAAAUAAAAUGCUUGACUGACUCUGCCUCUCCCCAGAGUUCUGAUGUGCAUUCUCCAAGGCAACCAUCCACUUCGUUGCUUCCGUAUCCCAGUUCCAUAGUUUGUUACAGCAAUGGAUCCCCUUCCCAUACACACAAUCAUCUGCCUUGUUUGUUGGUCAUUUUGGUUAUUCCCAUUCUGUGCAUCAUCCGGCAGCCGUCUUCUUCCCGACAAGCCGCUUUCUGCUGGAAGCACCAUCACCUCCAACGGCGGAACUUUUGCCCUGGGAUUCUUCUCCCUGCCCAACUCCGGCACAAAACAAUACUAUGUCGGCAUAUGGUACAAGAAUAUACCCGAAGACAACAUUGUGUGGGUGGCCAACCGUGCUAUGCCGAUAGCUGAUCCUUCUUCUGCAACACUGGCCUUCACAAACGGAUCCGAUAUCGCCUUGUCAGGCACCAACGGCCAGCUUCUGUGGACAACAAACAUCAGCGCCACAAGAAAUUCAUCGUCAGAGGCGACUGGUGGAGAAGCCACGCUUGAAAACAAUGGGAAUUUUAUCCUUCGGUCAUCACAGGGCAACAUCUUAUGGCAAAGCUUCGAUUACCCGACCGACACUCUUCUUCCAGGCAUGAACCUCAGAGUCACCCACAAGACGCAUGCACUACAACGGCUCAUCUCUUGGAGAAACUCCCAAGACCCAUUCCCGGGCAACUUCUCAUAUGGUGCAGACCCUAAUGAGUUUCUGGUUCGUUAUGUAUGGAAAGGCUCAAAACCAUACUGGCGAAGUGCAGUAUGGAAUAACUAUUUGGUAGUCGGGCAGUAUAUCAAGAGUAUCAAGUCCACAUUUUACUUAACAAUGCAAACCAUAGAUGAUGAGGUCUACAUUUCCUUUGGAUUACCAGUACCAAGUGUAUCCUCAGUUGUGCUAGUGAAGAUGGACAGUUCAGGCAAGAUAAAGACACGAGUUUGGAAUAGCAACAUGUCCAAAUGGACUGACCUGGGGUCAGAACCUAACCAGGACUGCAACAAAUUUGGAUACUGUGGUCCAUUUGGUUACUGCGACAACACACAGCCUAUUGUGGCAUGCAAGUGUCUUGAUGGCUUUGAGCCAAACAACAAACAAGACUGGACGGCCCACAGGUUUUCACAGGGAUGCCACCGGACGGAAUCACUAAGAUGUGGUCAAGAGGAUGGCUUCUUAAAUAUGCCAACCAUGAAGGUUCCCAACCAGUUCUUGCAUGUCAAGAAUAGAAGCUUAGAUGAAUGCAUAGCAGAAUGCACCAGCAACUGCUCCUGCACGGCGUAUGCUUACACCAAUAUGAGCACCAAUGCUAUCAAUGGGGAUGGAAUUAGGUGCCUAUUAUGGAUUGGAGAUUUGAUUGACACCGAGAAGCUCCAUGCACAAGGAGAAAACCUCUACAUUCGGAUUAAUGGAUUGAAGGGCAAACAAAGAAACAAGAAAAUUUGGAAGAACCUGAUGUCAGGAACUUCAAGCACUUCUGUUGAACUUCAUGAUGGAAACUUAAAAUAUCCUUUUAUUAGCUUCAAAGAAAUUGUACUUGCAACAAACAACUUCUCUAACUCCAACAUGCUUGGACAUGGAGGUUUUGGCAAUGUUUACAAGGGGACAUUAGAAGAUGGUACAGAAAUUGCUGUGAAAAGGCUUAGUAAGGGUUCUGGCCAAGGGGUACUGGAGUUCACAAAUGAAGUAAUACUCAUUGCGAAGUUGCAGCACAAAAACUUGGUUAGACUUCUCGGUUUCUGCAUCCAUGGAGAUGAGAAACUAUUGAUAUACGAAUACUUACCUAAGAAAAGUCUGGACGCCAUGCUUUUUGAUGCCACACUAAAACAGUUGCUUGAUUGGCCAAUAAGAUUCGAGAUAAUCAAAGGGGUAGCUAGAGGACUUCUUUAUCUCCAUCAAGAUUCAAGGUUGAAGAUAAUCCACAGGGAUCUCAAAGCAAGCAACAUAUUAUUAGAUGCUGAAAUGAGCCCUAAGAUAUCUGAUUUUGGUAUGGCAAGGAUAUUUGGCGGAAAUCAGCAGCAAGAAAAUACCAACCGCGUUGUUGGCACAUACGGUUACAUGUCACCUGAAUAUGCUUUGAAAGGAGUGUUUUCUGUCAAGUCUGAUGUAUACAGCUUUGGGGUUUUACUUCUAGAGAUUGUGAGUGGCUCAAAGAUCAGCUCUGUGCACCUAAAAGCAGACUUCUCCAGCAUUAUAGCCUAUGCAUGGAGCUUAUGGAAGGAUGGGGACACGAAGGAUUUUGUUGACUCGUCAAUUGUGGGGAGCUGUUCAUUUAAUGAAACUAUACGGUGCAUCCAUAUCGGACUCUUGUGUGUUCAAGACAGCCCAAAUGCGCGGCCACUCGUGUCAUCAAUCAUGUCCUUUCUGGAGAAUGGAGACAUUUUACUUCCACCUCCAAAAGAGCCUAUGUAUUUUGCAGAAAAUAACUAUGGUGCUGAUGGAGAAGCAGAAAAUACUGUGAAUUCUGCAAAUACCAUGAGCAUUACAGCACUAAAGGGACGCUAG